AUGCCAAAGUUUGUUCCAAGACAGAGGAAGCACAAGGUGCUCGCCCGGGAGAGGGCCAAGGAGAACGGCGUCAGCUCUCUGGACACCAACGCGGACGAAAUUCUCCCCGAGGACCAGAAGCGUAUGCAGGAGAAGAGAGCUCAACUCAAGGCUGAGCUGCAGGGAGAUGGAGUCAAGGUCAGCGGCAAGAAGGCCAAGCGCAUGGAAAAGUACAUCACAAAUAAGCUUCGCAAAGACGAGAACCGAGAAAUCCUCGCCAAACUCGCACAGCAGAAAGUCGACACCAGUCUGUUCACAAGUAUCAAGACUCUCGGCCAGGGAAAGGAGACGAAACGGCAAGCUUUGAUUCGUACGCUGAGGGAGAAGAAUGCCGGUUUGGAAGUCGACCCGGACGCGGAGGAGCUCCUCUAUGAGAAGAGAGAGGAUGCGCCAGAGCAGGAUUCCGACGAGAGUGAAGCUGAGGCACCCAAGGCUAUCAAGCCACCGCCCAAGACCCAAGCACCUGGGCCGGUUCGAGCGGCAGCACCGGCGGCGCCUUCAUCCACAUCAACAUCAACAUCAGCAUCAGCAUCGGCACCAACGCCUAUCACGAAGUCGGAACCGCAACCCCCCGCUUCUGUCGGUUCGGGCUUGAAACGCCCGCUUGAUUUUGAUGAGUCGGGGCGGCCAGUGCUCCGGAAACGCCAAAAGAGGGGCGGUGUGGUUUCCAAGUUCUCUAUCGUUGAAACCGAAAAGGCGAAGGAUGCAGAGGAUGAGUGGGGUGGUCUCAGCGACGACCAAGGCGAGGACCAGGAAUCCGGCGACGACGAGGAAGCCUCUGAAGAGGAGUCGGAAGAGUCGAGUGAAGGAUCAGAGGAAUCCGAAGACGACGAAGACGACGACGAUGAAGAGGAGGACGAGGGCGACUCGGGAAGCGACAGAAAGUCUGCAUUCAAGGCUUGGGCACAUGCUCAGAGGAAUCAGGCUUUGGGCUACCAACCGGUAACACCGUCUUCCACAGCUCUCGAGAUCCCCAGACCGGAGAACUUUCAGCCGCGACCUCUCGAGCAAGAGCCCCUGCCGCAGGAACUCCAGCCGACAACCAAUCUGGCGCGCAAAGCAUACGCCGUUCAGGUGACCAGGCCGCCGGAGAUCCAAGUAGCGCGUAUGAAGCUGCCGGUCGUUGCGGAGGAACAGAGGAUCAUGGAAAUGAUCCACAACAACGACAUUGUGGUUGUCUGCGGUGCCACCGGUUCCGGUAAGACGACUCAAGUGCCGCAGUUCUUGUAUGAAGCUGGCUACGGCUCUCCUGGUUCUGCUACCCCGGGAAUGAUUGGUGUCACGCAGCCCCGUCGAGUUGCCGCCGUGAGCAUGUCCAAGCGUGUUGCACAGGAGUUGGGUGAUCACUCGGACAGAGUUGGAUACCAAAUCCGAUUCGAAGGCACAACGUCAGCCAAGACGGCUGUAAAGUUCAUGACGGACGGUGUGUUGCUGCGAGAAAUGGCGCAGGAUUUCUCGCUCAAGAAAUACUCGGCGAUCGUCAUCGACGAAGCUCAUGAGAGAAGCGUCAACACCGAUAUCUUGGUCGGCAUGCUGAGUCGUGUCAACAAUAUCCGUAAGGGCGACGACAAGGUCGACCCCUCGAUUAAGCCGCUCAAGAUCAUCAUCAUGUCGGCAACGCUGAGAGUCGAGGACAUGACCAACAACACCACACUGUUUCCCACGCCGCCACCUGUGGUCGAAGUAGAAGGACGACAGCAUCCCGUCACGAUUCAUUUUGCUCGGCACACGCAGGCCGACUACGUUGACGAGGCCUUCCAAAAGAUCAUGCGUGGUCACAGGAAGCUGCCGCCAGGUGGCUUUCUGGUCUUCCUCACGGGUCAAAACGAGAUUAGGCACUUGAGCAAGCGACUAACCGAAGCCUCCGGUGGCUUCACAGGAACGAGCGCCCCCAAGGUUGAGAUUUCGGCCACUGAUGCGCCUGUCGAAGUCGAAGAUAUCGACUUUGGCGAGGUGGAUGAUGCGGACGCUGCCGAUUUCGAUGACGGGCUCGAUGACGAUAAUGACAAUGAGCACGAGGACGACAAGGAAUUCGAGAUUGAGGGGGAGGAGGGCGAGACGGGACCCCUAAAGAUGCAGGUCUUGCCCCUAUACUCGCUACUGCCCACCAGGGAACAGAUGAGGGUCUUUGAAGACCCCCCCGAAAACCAUCGCCAAGUUAUCCUGGCAACCAACGUCGCAGAAACCAGUUUGACCAUCCCGGGCAUCCGGUACGUCUUUGACUGCGGCCGUUCCAAGGAGCGCCAGUACGACCGCCUCAGCGGGGUGCAGACGUACGAGAUCGGCUGGAUCAGCAAGGCCAGCGCCAGCCAGCGAGCCGGUCGUGCCGGUCGUACGGGCCCGGGCCACUGCUACAGGCUCUACUCCUCCGCCGUCUACGAGAGAGACCUGCCCGAAUUCACCGACCCCGAGAUCCUGCGGAUGCCCGUCGACGGGGUCGUCCUCCAGCUCAAGGCCAUGAACCUCUCCAACGUCGUCAACUUCCCCUUCCCGACGCCGCCGAACCGCAUGGGCCUGCACCAGGCGGAGAAGCUCCUCAGCUACCUCUCCGCCGUCACGCCGGAGGGCCAAAUCACAAAGAUCGGAGCGACCAUGUCCAUCUUCCCGCUCUCGCCCCGCUUCGCCCGCAUCCUGCUCGUCGGCCACCAGCACGAUUGCCUGCCGUACACCAUCAUGAUGGUUGCGGCGCUCUCGGCGGCCGAGAUCUUCGUGCCGGAGCACCAGGCGAUCCCCUCGCUCGCGGCGCGUGACGAGUCCGAGUUCCGCAGCAACGCCGACGUCAUCGCCGAGGACCGCCAGGCCAACAUCCGACGCCUGUUCAACGCCGCGCACAAGAACUUCUGCUACCUGGACGACCGGUCGGACGCCAUCAAGCUGCUCCAGGUCGUCGGCGAGUUCGCGCACGACCCGACGGAGAAGUGGUGCGAGGACCACUUUGUGCGGUUCAAGGUCAUGAAGGAGAUCACGCAGCUGCGCCAGCAGAUCACGGAGCUCCUCCGGACCAACAUCCCGGCGUUCAAGAACCUCAAGUACCAGGACCGGCUGGACGCGCCUUCGGACAAACAGGUCGCCUACCUCAAGCAGAUGGUGGCCGCGGGCUUCAUCGAUCACAUCGCCAUCCGCGCCGACAAGUCCCCCGUUCCGCCCGAGCUAGCGCGCAAGCCCCGCCGCGCCAUCGACGUGCCGUACGUGCCGCUCGUGCCGCUCGGCGUGGGCCACGACACGGAAAAGUUCGUAUACAUCCACCCGAGCUCACCGCUCUCCCACCUCAGCCCGCAAGAGUGCCCCGAGUACGUGGUGUACUCGCACCUGCAACGGGCGACGCAGGGCUCGGACCCGAACAAGGCGCCCAAGACGAGGAUGCAGUCGCUGACGGACGUCACGGGCGGACAGCUGGCCAGCCUCGCCAAGGGGACGCCGCUGGUGAGCUACGGCAAGCCGGUGAAGGAAAUCUCGUCGACGGCGAACACGCGCGAGGUCUGGGUUCUGCCGUACCUGAGGGCCGAGGGCGUCGGUGGCCAGGGGUGGCCGUUGCCGAUGAAGAAGGUCACACAGCGCAAGGUUGCUGGGAAGGGAUGGGUGGUCGAAUAA